UUCAAUCUUCUCGACACCUACUUUAGUACCGGUAUCGAGAAGGUUACUGGACUUCCGCUUCCUACUACCAGGUACCAUUAGAAGAGAAGUCUUCCACAUCAGAUAGAAGACAGCAGCGAGUGAAAAGCAAUAAUAAGGAUCAAUACAGGACGCAGUCAACCCGUUUGGACGCUUCCUCUUUCUCAAACUUUCACAACGGUAGAUCAAGGUAGAUCAAGCCGCCGUGUUUGAAGAAGGGACCUUUCUCAAUUCCCAACAGCAGCCACUUCUGUUACAUCAGCGAUUCAUUCGAUUCGAUUCAGCAUCAUUAUCGCGCCAUGUGGCAUCUUAUUGAGCAACAGAAGCAGGAGCCGCUGCAGACGGCCAAGCGCCAGGCCCCAACAGCAGCAGCCAUCCAGGAGAGGCAGGAACAGCUCAAGAGGCGUCGCUUGGCCAGACAAGCACAUAUAAAAAACCAGUUCGGUAGUGAAUGGAUUGAUACCGAGAGCUUUUUCAUCUAUAAGACUGUUGCGGAACUCAAGGAACACGGAGGCAGUAUCGAAGAGUUCUUCGUGAAGCAAUGUGAGACUCCAGAGUUUGCCGAAAUGUGGUCGGAAAUCGGAUAUCGACCGUCGUUUCAUCCCAACACGACUCUCUCUUCGGAACGUCAAAAAAUGUUUCUGGAUGCCAUCCAAGAAUUGCCGCCAGACGCCAAAUUGGGGUUGGUUUUCCAUGGAACCCACACGGAAAACAUCGCCCCUAUCCUUAAGGAUGGACUCGAUCCUGCGAAGCGACGCAGACAGAGCAUGGGACCGGGAGAAUAUUUUGCCACGCACCCCGGUGUUUCGACCAGUUACUGCCGAGGCGCUUGUGGUGAUGGUCUAAAAAUGUUGGCAUUUGUCGUGGUCUUGCCCCCUGCACUGCAUCACAAGUUGCGUGAACGGAAUGUUGGCUCUAGGGAGAAGGAAGAGGAUGGCAAGCAGGAAGAAGAUAAGAAACCUCCAGCGACAAAAGAAGAUUCCAAGCCAAAGGCAACGGAUCAACCGCCACAAUCUACCAUGCCAAGUAUGCAAGCAGCUGGUAGUGGUCCCACGGAUCCUGCAACUUCCGGUGAUGAUGAAUUGAUAGUGGACCUUGUAGAAACUACCAUGAAGUUACACCAGCAAGCAAAUGGAGGGGCGUCAUCGUCACCGCCGCAAAUAGCGUCCGCGCCAGGAGACCGAAUAUCACGCCAGUUAGAUAACGUGGCAAGCACUUACCAGCAACAAGAGUCGAAACAAAACCAAGCACCACUGUCUGACAUUGGUAAUGGUACCACCCGUGCAAAUACUGGGCCACGUGAUGUGGUGCGUCUGGUAGACAUGCUAUCAAUUCCACAACCGGGAGUUGGCAGCACCAUCGCAGCAGCAGCACCAUUGCCAGCGACAACAGCACCAGGAGGAAAUACAAAGCCAUGCCAGUUGGAUGAUGCGUCAAACACUCCCCAGCAACAAACUCUGAAGCAAAAUUUGCAUGCACCAUUGUGUAGUGACACUGGUAAUGGAACCAUCCACGCAGCCUUGAGACGAGAUGAUCUUGAUGCAGUGCGCAUAUUGGGCAAGCUGAAGAAUCCGCAACAGGGAACUAGCAGCAUCAUUGGAGCAGCAGCAGCGGUGGCAUCUCCAGAAGCGUGGAAUAGCAUAGCAUGUGGGUCACUGGAAGGAGAUGCCAAGCCAAAGGACUCAGAGUUCAAUACCAAUUUCCAACAAGCAGUGUUGCAGGCAUGUUCCGAAGAUUUAACAGCUGUCAAUUCCAACCAAGCGCCGCCACACACCAGCUCAAUGGAUGUGCAAAGUGUAGCAGCAGCAAAAGCAUUGGGAGGAGGUCAAAUGUCACACCUUUGCAUGGCAGGUGGGUCACAGCAAGGAGCAAUGGGGCCAAAUAACUCUGAUUUCAAUAUCGGCUUCUUACAAGGGCUGCGUCAGGGGUUAACUGGAGAUUCACAAGCAGUCAAUUCCAACCAAGCGCCGCAGCGCACCUGCACAAAUGAUGUGCAAUGCAAGGGCACAGCAAGUGGGUCACAACAAGGAAAUACAAAGCCAAAUACUGCAGCAUUCAAUACCAGUUUCCUACAAGGGAUGCUACAGGCACUCAGUGGAGAUUCACAAGCUGUCAAUUCCAACAAAGUGCACCAGCACACCAGUCAGUGUGGAGCAGCAUCACCAUCCGGAGAGUAUCAAGUGCCAUACCAUGGCAUAGCGGGCACUCCAGGAGAUUCCAAGCCAAUAUCUCAGGGAACAUUUAUCGAUGGAUCAGCAGUUGAUACCAGCAACCAGCAUGCAAAGUCACCUACGCCAGGGCGAAGCAAAUGGUAUCAACAGCCUACUAGUCCACCUAAUGGACAUACACUUGGACUUCCGAGGAGGGCUGCUCUACGGAGGAGGGCUAUUCUACGAGGAGGAGGAGGGGUCGUUGUUGUGGACAACAAUGCUCAUCAACUGCCCAUUGGUGUUGUUCAGUUUGAACACCUCGAAGGAAAUCGACACAGGAGCUAUUAUGGCUUGUCGUCGAGAGCCCAUGCGAUGGCAACAUUGCCGCAGCAAUUGGGAGGAUCGGUAACGGUCACCAAUCAAUUCGCAGCAGGGUUGACGGUCGCCCAGCAGGCAGCAGCGGCCGCCAGAGAAUCUGAAGUGAAGGCUCAAAUCAUGCAAGAUCUGAUUGCGAACAAGGUUGAUGUAGCUUCGGAAAAGUACACCAAGCAUAAAGCCGCUCUGUCAGAAACUGCGAGGAAGGAAAUUGCUUGGUAUGUUCGCCAGAGGGUGGACGAAGAUGUGAUUCCUUUUUACUUUGCAGAUUUGUUGGCUCCCAUAAGGGUUGCCGGCCAGCAAGUGGUCCCCGCUCUUGGUGCAUCAAUCUCGGUGAAGCCAGCUGUCAUUCCGAUUCAAGACGAGAAUACACGAGCUCCUGCAUUGAGUGAUCUUGAUGUUUUAAAAUUUGGAGCCUUCUAGCUAGCUAGGUCGUCUCCACGCUCAAUGGCACCUAAAGUAAAACCAGCCUGCAGGCUUAUCUAAGUCAGCGGGAGCUGCGAUACCUCGGCAGAAAGACAGAUAGAAGAAGGAGGAUUAUGUUCGGAUUGCACCCAUCUUUCAAGCUAGCCCUGGCGACAACACCCGACUACGUCGUGUGUUGCCGCCCGGUAUCAUUCAUUCCCUCAUUGCAACCUUCUUUUUAUUAAGCUAGCCCUGGCGACAACACC